AUGGGUUGUAUGAGUUCAAAGCCCGUAGAUGCGGGAGAUAAAGAAGCCCUGCAACGGAAUGUCAGGAUAGAGAAGUCGCUCAAAAACGACAAAAAAGUGAUGGACAGAACGAUCAAAAUCCUGCUCCUUGGUGCGGGAGAGUCCGGCAAGUCGACAAUCAUAAAACAGAUGCGCAUCAUCCACUCGGGAGGAUUUCCUGAAGACGAACGCAUUCAGACUCGGGCGGUUAUCUACUCGAACCUGAUUAUCGCCUUCAAAGUUCUAUUGGAAAUUAUGCGUACGGAGAGCAUCGACUAUCAACUUGAAACAACCAAGGUAAUCUCGUGGGUUCAGUCGCUGGGUGAAUUUAUUGACAACUUGGAACCGGACGUGGGCUCCGAUGAAGCAUUCUCGGACCUGAAAGUUCGUGAUGCUUUGAGGGAUAUUUGGGACGAUUCAGGCGUUCAGAAGGCAGUGGCUCGAGGACAUGAAUUUGCGCUUCAUGAUAACCUACACUACUUUUUCGAAUCUCUUGACCGGAUAUUUACUCCGGGUUGGCUCCCCGACAAUCAGGACAUGCUACAAGCUCGGCUGCGAACGACGGGAAUAACGGAAACUCUCUUCGAACUUGGUCAGAUGAACUUCCGAAUGAUGGAUGUUGGUGGACAACGAUCCGAGCGCAAGAAAUGGAUUCACUGCUUCGAGGGUGUGCAGUGCCUCUUAUUCAUGGUUGCCUUAUCAGGAUACGACCAAUGUCUUGUUGAGGAUCAGAAUGCCAACCAAAUGCACGAGGCAAUGAUGCUAUUCGAAUCACUUGUGAACGGCGAGUGGUUCAAGCGCAAGCCCAUCAUUCUCUUCUUGAACAAGAUUGAUCUCUUCAAGGGGAAACUUCAAGUUUCGCCCGUCUCAAAUCAUUUCCCCGACUACAACGGUUCGAACACGGACUUCGAUGCCGCAGCAAGAUACUUCGCCGAUCGCUUCCGCGGCAUCAAUCGGAUUCCAGACCGCGAGAUAUAUAUCCACUACACAAACGCUACCGAUACCACUUUAUUGAAAGCUACCAUGGAUUCCGUGCAAGACAUGAUAAUCCAGAAGAAUCUCCACACCUUAAUACUAUAA